AUGACCAGGGAAGAAGGUUACAGAGAAGAAUUUAGCUAUGACAGGAUGCCAACUUUGGAGCGGGGAAAACAAGAGAAUGGAAAUUAUAUACCAGAUAUCAAAUCCAGUGACCUUCAGCUGUCAAAGAGGCUGCAUCCUUGCUUUAGUUACAAAACAUGGAUAUUUUCUUUGCUGAUGGGAACUUGCCUCCUUAUUACUUCUGGAUUUUCACUAUAUCUGGGAAAUAUUUUUCCAUCUGAAAUGGAUUAUUUACGUUGUGCAGCAGGUUCAUGUAUUCCUUCAGCAGUUGUGAGCUUUGCUAUAGCAAGGAAUAAAAUUAAUGUGAUACCAAAUUUUCAGAUUCUCUUUGUCUCCACAUUUGCUGUUACAACAACGUGUUUAAUUUGGUUUGGAUGCAAACUUGUCCUCAAUCCAUCAGCUAUAAACAUAAAUUUCAACUUGAUUCUACUUAUUCUGCUGGAAAUCUUCAUGGCAACUACUGUGAUCAUUUCAGCUAGGUCUACUGAAGACUGCUGUACAAGAAAGAAAAAUGCUGCACACGACAGUGGCAUUGUUUUGAGCAAUGUCAGCUUUCCUGCUCGAAUUCUAAAGUCAUACUCAGUAAUUGAGGUGAUUAUUGGAAUUUCAUCAGUAUUUGGUGGAAUAAUUGCUUUGAAUAUGGAUGUUCUAGUCUCAGGUCCAUACCUCUCAGUAACAUUCUUUUGGAUCUUAGUUGCUUGCUUUCCAAGUGCUAUUGCAAGUCAUGUAGCUGCUGAAUAUCCAAGUAAAUGUCUGGUUGAAGUCCUGAUUGCCAUUAGCAGUGUUACCUCUCCUUUGUUGUUCACUGCUUCUGCAUACUUAUCCUUCAGUAUCAUGCAAGUUGUUGACAUCUUUAAAAGUUAUCCACCUGCUGUUAAACAAUCUUAUGAUGUACUCCUGUUGCUUCUGAUGUUGAUGCUGCUAAUUCAGGCAUGCCUUACUAUUGGAACUGUAAUACAGUGUGUGAAUUACAAGACAAAAAUGAAACUACAAGAUUCAGCAUGGACACCAUCACAGGUUAAAAAACAGGAAUACAGAACAACAGAGGUUUCCAAUAAUACCUUAAAGGAUUUUGACAAAGAUAAAGCUUGGAAAGCAGUUGUGGUGCAGAUGGCUCAGUAGUUUGGAUUCUACAAAUGCAGCCAACACAGCACUAUCCAAUAAAAUAAAUCAACUGUUUGAAGGUUUAAAAACUUCAAUUUUUUAAACAGCAAU